UUUGUAAUGUUUUAUUUUUUUUUAAAUGUUAAAACUAACAAACAACCAUUUAUUUAAACAUAACGUGCUUUAUAUAGAUUGUAGUUAUCAUAAAAACGUAAGACAGUUUUAACUUAUAUCUGUUUCAAGAGUAUACUAAUUAACAUAGUGUAAGUCAUGAUAAUUAACGUACCAUGAUUUACUGUGAUGCGUUAAUUAACAUGCAUUUUAAUGCACUUGUUAAAAAGUGAACCUUCUGUUCUAAAUCAAAUGUUUAAAUCGACAGUAGCUUCAGUAGCUUGAACAGGUCCGGGUCAUUUUUCAUUACAUCUAUGAUAAGAAAUACUAUGUGCAUUUUAAACAGAAUUAUAAAUACAAUGAGAUUUAUAUUUUAAAAGUUACAUUAUAAAAACGUUCAUGUUAUCAAUUAAUGAAAAAAAUCAAAGUAUAAUCUUUAAAAAUCUUUUGUUAUUUGAUUUACAAUAAUUUGAAAUGAAGUUUAAUUAUUUGUAGAGAUUAACGUGCGUAUAUGAUCGACAUGCUGUGCUAUUUUAGUACAUUUAUCAAUGUUUGCAGUUUUAACGCGUAGGGGAUAUAACACGUGCUUUUAUUGCUGUUUUAAUGUACACAAAGUAUGUUACAAACGUGUUAACUGCGUAUGGUGGGGGUAUUCUAUGCAGUAAUUAGAAACGCAAUCACUUGGCCAGACGAUUUUAAUAUUAUUUGUCGAUACGCGCGAUGUCUGCAAAAGAGUUACCGAUAGCAGAAUUACGACAAGAAAAAACAUGGGUAGCGUUCGUAGGUGACUUUGCGAUUUUAAAGGAGUUCUUUGCGCACAAAAAACGACGAAUUUGGUACGCGGUGCAAUUACUUGAAGUUUUUUUGCGUGGAUUUGGACAGAUCGUUUUUGCGAAUAAUCCUCUCAGCGGGCUGCUGAUAAUAGUUACCUUGGCUGCGGUAGCGCCAGGUGCAUUGGCGUUGUCUGCGGCCACCGCCGGCCUUGGCCUCUUACUGUCCGUGCUCAUACGAGAGCCUGACGAUCUUGUAGAAAACGGGCUAACUGUCUUCAACCCUGUACUGGUUGGGGCGGUAUCGUACAGUCUAAUACCGCAGAUUUAUGGAAGCUUCGAUGCCUUCAGCUUCCUGCUCGUGCUCCUGGCCACGAUACUCAGUGUUUAUCUCGCGCGGUCCCUGAGAAGCGAUAAAUUCUCGUGCACAGCAUGGCCAUUUAACUUGGUGGAGUUCGCGUUGAUUUUCGCCCUCUCAACGCAGAAUGGCUCGGACGUGGUGGCCAAAUCUGUGGAGCCAAUAUUUGAAAUGCACAAUGCAACAAGUGAGACGACGACAACGGACGGCGCCGGUUUCUAUGAGCAGAAUGCUACCAGCGUUUACAUCGACUGGGGAAUGAUUGUACGAGGCAGUGUUGUAUCCGCGUCACAGCUGUUGGCGAUUGAUAAUGUGAUCGUUGGUGCUGUCAUGUAUCUGGCGAUGCUAAUAUACUCGCCUAUCUCAACCGCAUUUUCGUACUUUGGCGCUCUCUGCGGAACACUCGCAGGCUUGGAGCUCGGAGAGGACAGACACAAAGUCUACAGCGGGUUGUGGGGGUACAAUAGUCUCUUGACCGGGGCCGCUUUGGGAGGAAAUCUGUUGGUGCUGAACGGUCAAACGGCCGCCGCUGCCAUCGUGGCGAUUAUUUACACUCCACUCCUGCAGUACACCAUAGAAUCGAUAUUUGCAAAAACGCAGUUACCGGUGCUGUCGCUGCCGUUCGUGACGGCGACCUCGUUGUUUCUAAAAUUGAGCGGCGGCAAGGAGGAUCCAACGUUCCCGUGGCCCGUAUCGAUCACCUUUCCCGAGAAACAGCGUCAUAAUUAUCUCGCUCGUCGCCGCGCGGCAGCUCGAGAGGAAGUUGCAGCGGAAGAACUUGAGCUCGUCACACGGGAUGAAAGGAAGCCAAUCCCGUCGGAUAAUUAACAGCUUAUCCCUCCCUUUGAGUGAUAUGUAAUUACAGUUUAGUAUUACGUAAUAGGAGAUAAUUUUCAUCGUUUUUCGUAUCGUCUUAAUCGUUUAAAACAAUUUCCUACCGCUUUUCAAUAUUGUUUAUACAAGUGUGUAUUUAUGAUUGACUAACAAUUGACGGUUUAGCUUGAACUCGCCGUCUAUCUCUGACAGUGGCCUUCGAUUUAAUUGUAACGUCAAUCCAAUAACCGAGUUUACCAUCUGUAUCUUCUCGAGAAGGAGCCCUUUCCGCCGAUUCGUUCAUGCGGAAUAGAUAAAGUUAGUCUUGUGAAACUUGCGAAUGUACACGUCUUUCAAGCAUCAGUGAAUGCUAAUAGAAAUCAGAUUUGUACAGAUAGAAGAGUGAUAGCUAGAUAUAACUACUUUGUUGUAUCCUGUACAUAAUAUUUUGUAGAAGUUAGCAACGAAAAUAAUACAUUAAAACUUUUGAAAAGCAUGAAAUGUAAAAUUUACGAAGACAAGUCGAUGUAUAGAAAAUUAUACAUUGCGCUUACUGCUUCGAAGGUCAUAAAAAAAUACAUUAAUAUAAAUUUGCUGGAACUAUUCCAUUAAAAAAAAAAAAAACUGAUUUUUCAAGCCACGCACGCACGCUCUCCUUUUAAUAGAGUUUGCGCUAACGUUCUAGGAACAUUUCUGAUUCCAAGAUUCUUAGUCGCGUUUUCAGAUAAUGGCGUACGUGCUAAUCUUCUUAUCUUGCGUGGGCGAUCCAGAACACGGGAGGGAGAAGAUGAUAUAUAAAGGCUAAUUCUGAUGGAAGGGGGUUUUUUUGGCGGGGCGCCUUUAUUGAGCUGCGAGAAGCUACAGGUCGAUCGAUGAAAUUUAUUUCGACGCUUUCGCGCUGUCACGGGUUAUAAAAUAAAAUUGAUCGCCAGAUCUUCUGCAGAAGUGAAAUUAUAUUAGGAGAGCCAUACGGAGCUCGACUGCUCAUUGCUACUGGAUUUCGAUUCUUACAUUUGUACGAAGGUAAGCUGCCGUAAAAUACAGAGCAAACGAAAGUCCGCGUUUGAAGAAGAGAGCUCGAUUGGGGCUGUUCCAAAGCGAAUGGAUGGCGAAGAGUAAGUGAGUGUGCGAAAGAAGUUCGUUUCGAGGACGUUUUAACAAAGACGAGGCCAGCCCUCGGGCUUUUCUCGCGACACCCUCCAGCCGACCUAAUCAAACUAGCGAGAAGAGAAUCGUACUGUUUCGUGCGGCAACAACUGCUACAAUUUGCCCUCGUUCUCCAAAGAAAGGGGAGCUAAUGAAGAAAAGUGGAAUUUCAGAUUCGCCGCACGAUCGUUAUACUUAACGCGAUCGUUACUUUAGCAGCAUUCUUUUUUUUUUUUAGGUUUGAUGUUCGAGAUUUAUAUUCGAACUCUUGAUCAUUAAUGCGUUGAGAAUGCGCUGUAGUGCGUUACGACGUUGUUAAAAUGUAGAAUUUUAUCUUAGUCUGGUACAGCGAGUAUCACGAUCUAUCUUUAUAACGUAACCCGUAACUGCGCUGUUGCAGCAAGUAAUAAAAUGAUUUAUACCUCGAUAAGCCUGGUUUAACACAGGGCCCAGAUGCCUCCGCAAAGUCGACUUUUCCUCUGCGAAAGCUAUGUAACGGACAGUAGAUAUCUCGCGUAGAUAAUUAUAUACGAUAAUACAUUAACAUUAAUGCUGGUAAUUUGCGGUUUGCCGACACGCAGUUUGCCAUUUCGGCAGUAAUUAAAGGGCAAUAAUUUUAAUUCGGUACAUCAACUCACUCACUCACUAAUAGCAGGACAGUGAGCGCGUUACAUAUUGAUAAUUAAAUUGCAAAUUAAAGUUUAACGAAAUUCUAAAAUUUAUUUAAGAGAAAAUUAAAUUAAUAAUAUUAAUCGUACAUUAUAAUCUCUCUGUAUUACUGAAAUGCGAUUUGAAAGAUUUUGCAGUACUCUAGGGCUUUUUAUACCGUAAAAGCUAUUGAUUCUUGGGUAUUUUAAGAGCUACCAUCCUUUUUAGUUUGGCUUUGAAUAUUUCUAAUCCGCAGAGAAAGAGAGACUGCGCAAUAUACAGAGCGAUACAUGCCUCCGUCAGCUUAACUAGCACACAAACCUACAUUUCGCAGUCGCUGAAACUGGCGCGUUCGCGUGCAGAAUAAGAAGCGCGUGCGAGGUAAGGGUUGUAAGGACUUUAAAGGAUAAACAUCUCGGUUCGUUGGCACCCUUAGAGUCCAGUUUCAGCUGGGAGAAGGGAGAAGAGUCGUUCGUCGACGGUGACGACGGCGCCGACGUCGAUGGUGCUGGUGGUGGUAGCGGCGCGGCGUCGUCAGGAAGGGGUAGGGCUGAACGCAUCCCUGCCAGAUCGGCUACCUGCCCGCCGCCAACCCUGUUCGUUCCGCGACGCUACCCCAGUACUCGGGCGAUCGCUAGCACCCGCACACGCGACAUCCCUCCGUGUCGGGGGUGCGCGCCACCGUGUCUGCAUGUAUGUGUGUGCGUGCGUGCUGCUCGCUGAGGGUGCUGCCGAUCGCAGUGGCAGCCAGCAGCGUAACGUAGCCACCCCGCGUGGCACGCUAAUAGCUCGAUCAACCCUCGCGCCCGUGCCGCGCGAGGGUGCACGGGGUGCCUACAAGCGUCACGACCUCCCGCAUUAGGCGCAUGAGAGGAGAGCUAACCGCGGACCUCUGGUCAGCAGCAUCCGCGAGAUAGGAGUAAUGUAAUCGCCUGUAAAUGUGUACAGAAGAGAAUCGCGAGUAGGCCACGGGUAAGGUGUUUGGGAUCUCUCACGGAAGAAGAAUCGCUUGGAAAAAUUGGGGGCGACGUGAGCAGAUUGGAUACUACGUCAUGGUGAACCUAGCGAAUAAAUUAGAACGAUGUUUGGAGAUAGCCGCUGGGUAGUUUGAAGCUCGGGUCUGCCUUCGCACUUUCACAGAUACGGACGAGAUCGCGGGAUCAUCGGAUGGCUCAAAGCGCGGGAAAGUCUCCGCAUAGUCCAACAUUCUCGGCACAUCCACGUAGUAUCGGAUGACUUUAUGGUCAAUCGGCUGCC